AUUGGAAGGGGAGACGGGGAGGGGAGGGGGCGUGCCCGGCAGCUCCGGGGACGUUGCCUUUCCCCUUGUGUGUACGACUGCCCAUGCCGUGCGUGCGUGCGUGUCCUGUCUCACUCGUUCCCUCUCUUCCACGCUUUUCCCGAUCCGACCGUGGCUCACGGCUGCGACAAUCUUCCUCGCAGAUCGCUCCACGUUGGUCAACCUCUUGGAAAUCUGCAAGACUCCAAGUUUCCGACUGGCUGGCCCUUGCGCAGCUCUUUCGGGCUCGCGGCGCGACUCACGCGUGCCGAAAACAACGACGACGACUAACCACAGUGGUUGCAACGGCAAUUGGAACACGGAACGUGGCGGGCGUGGGUUGUAUUCUGCAUUGCGCUGCCGGUGCCCUGGGCUUCUGGUGCUCAUUUCGCCUUUUCCUUCGCGCCCCUCAUCGUCGUCGCUUCUGGACCAUCUUGCGAAAUGCCACCGUUGCACUGAAUCGACGCCACGGCCCUUACCGCCCCCCCAAGAGAUCAUCCACGGACCACAUCUCGCUGAACCUCCAAGGUCGCGAGACCCCAGGCGGUGCAACUACAAGGGAAAGCAGUCCGCGCGCCAAGUGGCAUAGGGGGAUCGCACAGGUACACGAUACGCACUAGAGAGGCGCGCCGGCUUCUGCGCUAUUGAGAGCGGCAUGAUCGUCCUGAUUUUGUCGAUCA